AGCAGCUCUGUCGCAAGCUGAUCGCCGAGAGCAGCCACACGGGCAAGUCGCAGAUCAUUGCGCGCCACCUCAAAUCCUUCGGAGGAGACACGUAUCUCGUGCUCAAGUUCCUGCUCGCGAGGUCGGACAAGCGCGUGUACAAUCUGCGCGAAAAGUCGCUCGUCAAGGUCAUCUGCCCAGUCCUCGCAUGCGACUUGGAGGACAUGGUCCAGGAUCUGGAGCAAGGCGAUGUCUCGGAGACGGUGCGCAAGUUUUACGCAUCGUACGGCGAGCCCAAGAAGCGCAGCACAUUUACGCUGCGGGAGGUCGAUCAGUUCCUGGAUCAGUUCACUGCGGUUCGGCAAGAGAACGACCAGGCCAAAAUCUUUACCAAGAUCAUGAAGCGAGCCACCGAAUGGGACAUGAAGUACAUUAUCAUGCUGAUCGAUCACGACCUGCGACAAGUCAACGCUGGUCCAAAGAUCGUGCUGGAUGGCUUCCAUCGCCAAGCGUACGACCAGUUCAAAGUCAACAACAAUCUCGCCUUUAUCGUCAAGAAGAUUCUCAACAUCAACGGUGGCGGCGGCGACGACGACGGAGAAGAUGAUGAUGAUGGCAACACCAGUGCUGCUGCUGCUGCUGCUCCAGCGAACGACGACGGCAACGACCAGGGCGGUGAUGACGAUGAUGAGGAAGAGGAGGACGACGACGACGACAAGCCACGCUCCAAAAACGCUGGUGCCAAAAACGCCGGUGCCGCCAAAAAGACGGCUGCUGGUGGCAAGUUGGACUUUUUCGAGCUCAACGCGCCCAUCAAGCCCAUGCUUGCACGGCCUGCGGCGUCCAUCAAGGACGCCAUCACCCGCUGCCCGAACGGCGCCCUCGUCGAAAUCAAGUACGACGGCGAACGCAUCCAAAUCCACAAGGAUGGCCCCAAGUUCACCUUUUACUCGCGCUCCCUCAAGUCGGUGGCCGAGAGCAAGGUGGGACCCGUGCGCCAGUCCGUGCCGCUUGCCACCUCGGCCCACUCGAUCAUUCUCGACUCUGAAAUCCUGAUGGUGGACAACAAGACGGGUGCGCCCCUGCCGUUCGGCACGCUCGGUGUUCACAAGCAGAAGGGCUUCCAGGAUGCCUCGGUCUGCGUCGUCAUUUUUGACAUUCUCUACCUGAACGGCAAGUCGCAGCUGCACAAGUCCAUGGCCGAGCGCCGCAUGCUGCUGGAGCAGAACGUGACCCCGGUGAAGAAUCGCGUGCUGCUCUCCGAGCUCCAGGUCAUUCGCGAGGAGGAAGACCUUGGCGUCAUGAUGAACAAGAUCAUCAAGCAAGGCCUGGAAGGUCUGAUGGUCAAGGACAUCGGUGGCCCCUACCAUCCAGGCGCGCGCCAUUGGAUUAAAAUUAAGAAAAUGUACCUGGAGAAUCUUGCCGACACGGUCGACUUGGUCUGCGUGGGCGGCUACUAUGGCACUGGCAAGAAGGGUGGCAUCAUCAGCACCUUCCUCAUGGCCACGUACGAUGCUGCUACGCGCACCUGGCGCACCGUGGCCAAGGUUGCGAACGGCUUCUCGGACGCGCGCUUGGCAGAGCUGCAGGACGAGAUUGACAUGGUCAAGAUCCAGCGCGACCACGACCGUGUGCCCGACUGGCUCGAGUGCCACCGCAUGCACACGCCGGACAUUGUGGUGCGCGACCCGAAGGCUGCGCCCGUCUGGGAGAUUGGUGGUGCCGAGUUUUCAAAGUCGUCGCACCACACUGCGGGCGGGUACUCGAUCCGCUUCCCCAUCCUCGAGCGCGAGCGUGACGACAAGAACUGGAAAACGGCCACCAAUCUGGAAGAGUUUCUCGACAUGGUCAAAGGCGCCAAGCACAUUGGCGAGGAAGACCAGGAGACGAGUGCCGCCUUUGCCAAGAUUGCCAAAACCAAGAGCGCGUCUGCCAAAGAGCUUGAAAAGUUCCUUGACAUGCGCGGAGUUCCUGUGAGCAAGGCCAGUGAUGAGUCAUCGUCGUCGGCAUCGUCGUCGUCGUCGGCUGCGGCCCCGGCAACGGAUGCUGCGGCUCCGAAGAGCUCGACGAAAAAGCCAUCGCCAGCGAUUACUUCUGCUGCGACGGCUGCUUCAGCAUCAUCGUCGUCGUCGUCGUCGUCAUCUGCCGCUAAAUCUCGCAAUGUUGCCAAGGUGGUUGACCAAGAUGACCAGGAUGACGAAGACGACGACGACGAGAGCUCUACCGCCAAGCCCAAUGCUUCCUCCGCCUCCGUCAAGGAAGUCUCGGGUGAUUUGCUCAACCCCUCGCAUGGUGGUCGGUCGAUGGUGGUGAUUGCGCACUGCGUGGACGACUCUGGCAAGUGGGGCAGCCGCGGUCUUUUUGGCAAGAUUUCGGCCAAAUGGCCGAAGGUGGCGAGCGAAAUGGUCAAAUUCAAAAAGUCCCGCAAGAACUGCAAUCUGGGCGAUGUGCAGCUGGUUGAAGUGGAAUCUGCCCCGGGCGCCAAGGUGGUUUUUGCGAGCCUGCUGUGUCUGGACUCGCAGCAGCGCGACAAGACUGGCGCCCCGGUGCUGGAACUCGGCAAGUUGCGCAAGUGCGUCCAAGAGCUGGCCAAGUUUGUGACCAAGUCGGCGACGGACGCUGACUCGAUUCCCCACAUUCACAUGGUCAAGAUGGCCUCGGCAGGCACAGUGUGGGACGACGUCGUCAAGGUGCUCAAGUCGCACGGCGGCGCCAACGUUGAAUACCGCGUUCAUACGUCGUCGGCAAAAGAGGCCAAAGCCGCCGAUGGUCAAGGUGCCGCUGCUGCUGCUGCUGCUCCUGCUGCUGCUCCUGCUGCUGCCAAGGCUGCUGCCAACGCUCCCAAAGCUGACAUGACCAACGAGGAAGACGACGAGGAACCUGCCGCUCCUCCAAAGACAACCCCUUUUCGCCCUCGACGCGUCGUUUCGUCGGAUGCCUCAGUGUUGGCGUCCGAAUCCGAUGGUGCCGCCGCUCCAGCAACACCCAAGGUGAAGUCGGACACCAAGCCUGCUGCUGCUGCGUUGGCGCGAACUGCAACAAUUGCCGUGCAGCCUGAACAGGAGGAGGAUGCAGACCAAACCGAUGAGGACUUGACGGAUGCCGACUCCCCCUCGCCGUCCACGCGCCGACCCGUGAAGCGUCCGUACGAGAUGGACACGGACGAUGAACUGGACGAGCUGGAGCGAGAGCAGCAACAGCAGAAGCCAGUCGCAGCCAAAGCCGCCAGCACCCCAGCACAGUCCAAGCGUGUGCGUGUUGAUAGUGACCCUGUUGCUUCCGCUGCUUCUCCUGCUCGAAAGACGUCAUCGACCGCAUCGUCGAAAGCGACGGAGGCUCCUCCUCAGUUGACUCCCCGCCGCUCGUCAAAGCGCGCCGCAUCUGAUGACGCGACCGACACGACCCCGAAGCCCGUUGUCAAACGUGUGAGCACAUUCAAGGAUGAUGAUGCCACCGAUGAGGAUUGAAGUUGUCAGUAGUUUUUUGGUGUUGGUUUUUUUUUUUUUUAAGGGAAUACAAUUUGC